GCUGUGAUCCAGCGCCGGCACCCUAUUCCUUUCAUAGAUCUAGGACCUGAAAUUUACGUUGCCAUAGUGCUUGACUGCUGCUCUGCCAGGUGCACUGAGAAUGGCUGCCUUGGGCUGCCUUAGCCGCAGCCAUGCUCUAGGUAGUAGGAAUAUGGCGCCCCAGCGCGUAGCACAAGCGACGCGGCCGUCGCAGGCGUCACGGCGAGGAGCAGUGGUGGUGCAGGCGCGUAAACUUUCACACCUACGGAAGAAGCUGUGGAAGGAGGCUGGCCCUCCCCCGGACCUGGCGACCCGCCUGUUCUCGGAGCGCAUUAUGUACCUGGGCAUGCCGAUUGACUCGUCGGUUGCGGAGCUGCUCACGGCUCAGCUGUUCGUUCUUGUGCAAGAGGCGCCUGACCCGAUCUUCUUCUACAUCAACUCCACCGGCAUUGCGAAAAGCACCACCAAGUUUGGCAACGAGCACGAGGCCAUCGCGGUGUACAGCAUGAUGAAGGGCGUGCAGAAGUACUGCCCCAUCUACACGCUGUGUGUGGGCAACGCCUUCGGGGAGGCGGCGCUGCUGCUGUCCGCCGGGUCGCCGGGCAAGCGCGCCGCUCUGCGCUCCUCCACCAUCAUGCUGCGUCAGCCGCUGCAGCGCCUGGGCGGCAUGCAGGCAAGCGACAUCGACAUCUACCGCAAGAUCACCCGCGAGAAGACCGCCACCAUGGCCAAGUACCUGGCCGCCUGCACCAAGAAGACUGAGGAGCAGAUCAUGACCGACUUCACCCGCCCCCGCUACUUCAACCCCUACGAGGCGGUCAGCUACGGGCUCAUCGACACGGUCCUGGAGCCCAAGGAGGAGCGGGCUGUGUUCAAGGACUGGGAGAAGAUGGGCAGCGAGAUCGCGGACCUGGGGCUGUGGGACGACGAGGAGCAGCCGCUGCCCACCAACAUCAUGUACCCGGGCACGUCCCAGUACUGGCGCUCCGACUUCGACGGCUAGACAUGCCGGCAGCUGGAGGCGGGAGCCGUGGAGGCAGGCGGAGGCAGCAGGCGGUUGCAGGACGAGGAAAAGGCGCUCGGCACACGAGGCAGCGGUAGCAGCAAGCAGGCGGCGGCGUGGGCUAGCGGACAGCAGGGCGUGCGCCGUGCGGCAUGGGCGCUUGCGUCGGUGUUUCUGACGCGAAUGCAAAGAGCUGUUGAGAAGGCGGCUCGCGGAGCGUCUGACUGCUGCGAGCGGCAGGCAGCUGCUAGCGGCGGGCGGUGGCGGAGGUCGCGGGUGUCUGCUACCGGUGUGUACACCGCGCUGACUGGCGCUGAGUUGGGUCAGCGGGUGGCGUGUGGUGUCAACGCGACAGCGUACAGCACAGAGGCGCAGGGCUGCACCCAAGCUCCCUUUCGCGGGCGAAGAAGCAGCAGCGGCCGCGACUGCAGCGGCCGCACAGCGUUUCGCAGUGCUUCUUGUAUGUUUAUUACGACGCAGUUGCGUGGUGGUCGGUUGUGUACGGGGUUCAGGGGAAGGGCGAGUUGCAGGUUUGUGAGGAGCUUGGGGGUGGGGCGAGGGCACAGGUGCGUCAGCGGCCACUCAAUCAGCCCUUUGGGGCGUGGAAGCUGGCACGGUACGGCGAUGUGUGUGGUGCCAGGCGCAGGAGGACGGUUAUCGGCGGGGAGUCACAUUUGGGUGGCUUCAACGGCUUCGAGGGCUCAGGCCGUGUGGCGGCCAGUGUAAUGUCCACUUACU